AUGGGAGAACGACGAUAUAUGGAGCACUACGACCCUCGCACUAGAAAUACGGACCUAUCACUCUGUGCCAAGAUUUAUGACCUGUUUUCUCACUCCGACCCUCAUCGAUCAGAUGCUUUCCCAGGAGCCAGAAAAAUGGAGGCUGAGAUUCUAAGGAUGUCGCUAUCCAUGUUUCAUGGUGGUCAGGAAGCCUGUGGUGUUGUUGCUGGUGGUGGAACUGAAGUGACGUUGUUAGCAUGCCUCGCUUAUCGAAAUCGCGGCAUUGCAAGAGGAAUGUAUCAUCCAGAGAUAGUAGCUCCUUCCACGGCUCAUCCAGCGCUAGACAAAGCAGCAGAACUCUUCGGGAUGACCAUAAGAAGAAUUCCAGUCAGAGAAGACGAUCGUGUACAUGCUGCAGCUGUGAAGCGUGCGAUCGGACCUCACACAUGCAUGGUGGCACAACGAUUUGGCGUUCCUCUCCAUGUCGAUUGCACUCUUGGUGGUUUUCUUCUACCUUUCAUGGAAUACUGCGAUUAUUCCAUUCCUACAUUUGAUUUCCGUUUACCUGGAGUCACUUCCAUAUCGAUUGAUCUGCAUCGUUAUGGCCAGGCGCCAAGGUCUUGUUCGGUCCUUAUGUACCGUGACCAGUCGAUGCUUCGCCAUCAGUGCUACUGUAAUAGCGAUUGGCCAGGUGGUGUCUAUGCAACUCCCACUCUCGCUGGUGGUCGUGAUGGGGGUGCCGUGGCCACCGCAUGGGCUACUUUACUUGGAAAGGGUCGCGAUAGUUACAUUACUGCAUGCCAUCGAGUAGUGGAAACCACUCGACGUCUAGCAGAUCUGCUUUCGGAUAUCGACGGAAUCACAUUGAGAGGGGCAGCUGAUCUAUGCAUUGUAGCGUUUGAAACUACUCUUGGCGACAUCUAUGUUCUGGUCGAUUUCAUGACUACUAAAGUGGCACAACGAUUUGGCGUUCCUCUCCAUGUCGAUUGCACUCUUGGUGGUUUUCUUCUACCUUUCAUGGAAUACUGCGAUUAUUCCAUUCCUACAUUUGAUUUCCGUUUACCUGGAGUCACUUCCAUAUCGAUUGAUCUGCAUCGUUAUGGCCAGGCGCCAAGGUCUUGUUCGGUCCUUAUGUACCGUGACCAGUCGAUGCUUCGCCAUCAGUGCUACUGUAAUAGCGAUUGGCCAGGUGGUGUCUAUGCAACUCCCACUCUCGCUGGUGGUCGUGAUGGGGGUGCCGUGGCCACCGCAUGGGCUACUUUACUUGGAAAGGGUUGGCAUGUCGAUCCACUUUUGUCUCCUGAGGCAGCUCGUGUGCCGGUUACUUUGAGAAUGUGUGAAGAAGGUGUACUUGAAGCUUUUGUUGAAGAUGUCAUUGAAGGCCUUCGCUACCUCGGCGAAAACCCUACCAAAACAACAAAGACCUCGGCGUUCUAUCACAUGUUGCAAACGGUAGCGGAUCGUUGUCUUGUGGAUGAGCUAUCCUUGAUUCGACUGCAGGCGCACUAUAGUAUUCCACCCCCACUGGACCGCGAGCAUCGUUCAGUACGUGCGCUGAGCGAAUACGGCCGAAAAAUGAGCACAUUGGAGAGAGAUGGUUCGAAAUUGUCGUCAGAGAAGAUGCAGUAG